AUGGACCAAUUGAACCCAAAAGAGCAGCAGCAGUUCCAGCAGCUUGUUGAGCAGAAGCAGAUGAAGGACUUUAUGCGUCUUUAUUCCAACCUCGUUGAGCGUUGUUUCAGCGACUGUGUCAACGACUUCACCUCUGAAAAGCUAUCAUCAAAGGAGGAAUCGUGUGUGUUGAAGUGCUCUGAAAAGUUCCUCAAGCAUUCGGAAAGAGUCGGUCUUAGAUUCCAAGAGCAGAACGCUGCUUUGACUCAGCAGAUGCAAAGACGUUGA